GAGUUUCCCACAAUGCAGCGCGGCGCGCUGUCCCCGGUGCUGAUGCUCAGCGCUGCCCCGGAGCCUCCGCCGCGCCCGCCUCCCGCCAUCUCCCCUCCGGGCCCCGGCCCGGGCUCGGGCUCCCGCCAUGGCUCCGCUCGUCCGGGUCCUACCCCAGAGCCGUCGGGGAGCCUGGGCGCGGCGCUCGACAGCAGCCUGCGGGCCGCCGUGGCGUUCAAGGCAGAGGGCCAGCGCUGCUACCGAGAGAAGAAGUUCCGGGAGGCCAUCGGCAAGUACCACCGAGCGCUGCUUCAGCUGAAGGCGGCGCAGGGGGCCCGCCCUGGCGGCCUGCCCGCCGCCGCCCCCGGGCCCACCAGCAGCCCCGGGCCGGCGCGUCUCAGCGAGGAGCAGCGGCGCCUGGUGGAGAGCACAGAGGUGGAGUGUUACGACUCCCUCACGGCUUGCCUGCUGCAGUCGGAGCUGGUAAACUACGAGCGCGUGCGCGAGUACUGUCUCAAGGUGCUGGAGAAACAGCAGGGCAACUUCAAGGCCACCUACCGCGCCGGCAUUGCCUUCUACCACCUGGGCGACUACGCACGCGCGCUGCGCUACCUGCAGGAGGCCCGCAGCCGGGAGCCCACAGACACCAAUGUGCUCCGUUACAUCCAGCUGACUCAGCUGAAGAUGAACCGUUGCAGCCUCCAGCGGGAAGACAGUGGGGCUGGGGCCCAGACUCGGGAUGUAAUUGGCUGAGGCCAACCCAGGGGGACCUCUCUACCCCUCACCCUCCCACCUCACCAUGUAACUUCCCCCGACUCAUGUGUUCGUUGGUAAAACACUUGUCACUGGUGAUCACAA